AUGGCUGGGUUUAAAGGAGUAGUAGAUUUAAACCUUCGAUUACCAGUAGAGGACGAGGAGGAUGAAGGUCUGGAUUUUUCUGGGGUUGAGGGAGGCAUAGAGACGGAUGAGUUUAAAUGGUGUUUGGUCGGAAAGUUCUUAACAGAUAAAAAUGUUAACUGUGUUGCUGUAAAAUCUGUUUUACCUCCCAUUUGGAAACCAGUGAAGGGUGUUCAAAUAACAGAGGCGGCACCGAAUUUGUUCUUGUUCCAGUUUUUCCAUGAACGUGAUAUGCGAAGGGUGAUUGACGAUGGUCCAUGGACAUUUGAAUUUCAUUUAUUCAUUUGUCGGCAGUUAGUGGUUGGAGAGACGGUGGCUGAGGUUGAAUUAUGGGACGCAGAUUUAUGGGUCCAUAUACUGGAUAUUCCAUUAGGACUGGCUUCCAAUAAACUAGGAGAAGAUGUUGGUAAUUUCUUGGGGAAGUUUGUGAGUCACGACACUCGUGCAGUAAGACCCUCGGAAGGUAGUUCGAUGAGAGUCCGAGUUAGCAUUGAUGUCAGGAAGCCCCUAAAGAGAAGGAUGAAGAUCAAAAGGAGUGCUAAUGCGUGGUGUUGGUUAAAUUUUCAGUAUGAACGUGUUCCUAUGUUUUGUUUCUACUGCGGAAUUAUGGGUCAUUCUGAGAAAUAUUGUGCGAAAUAUUAUGAUAAUCCAAUCCCGAAGGAGAUGUUACCGUAUGGAGCUGAAAUGAGGUUCAUAUUGAAGAAGGGGCAGAAACCUCUGUCGGAAAGAUGGCUUCGAAACUCAGGUCCGGUGGAGGAGGGGAUAGAGGUAGGGGAUGAUGACGUGGAUAAUCUUAAUGAAAGGAUCACUGGAAAUCUUGUAUUAGCUAAAAAAUCUCAUAAUGUUGAAAUUCAAAAUGGCAGUAAGGGUGAGAAGGAGGCGUUUGUUGGAAAGUUAGCUGAUUAUUCGGUUAGUGAGAGCAGAAGAUCUAAUCAAAUAAUUUCAAAAUUUGGAAAUACUAGUUCAGCAAAUGAUGUAGAGGAUAUGCUGACUAUUGAGUCCAAAAGGAAAAGAUCCAAUGUGGGAGGAGUAGGUGGAACGCAUUCAAAUGGGCCAAAUUUUCUAGUCUCUGAUAUGAUUAUUGACCCAUUAUCUUACAGUCCGGCGGGCCUUGAUAAUCAGGCCGGCCCUAAGCAAUGA